AUGGCAACGGGGGCCGGGGACGAGGCCUUGGGGCAGAACUGGAAUCAGUGAGGGGACAGGACAAGGGGAUUUGGGGGCGAGGGGACAGGGUGAGGGGACAGGACGAGGGGAUUUGGGGGCAAGGCUUCUCUCAGGCGGGUUGAGGGGCUCCCAGGCCACGGACCACGGUGAUGUGACCGGAGCGAUGGACACCGGCAGCCGCCCAGGGCUGGGGUAUAUGAUCGGUGCAAAACACGGAGUUAAUUCUUCAGGUACAAAGUAUAUUUCAGUUUCUUCUCCACACACUUGCAACAUAAGUAAAAAAGGUUUUCCCCAGCGCACACUCACGCAACCAGAUUUCCACCCUGCGAGUUGGAAAAGGUCACCUGUAAGAGAAGGGAGCUUCGCCUCCAGCCUGCGGGACUCCCAAGACUCUGAUUUCGAAAGCCUUGUUCAGGAGAGAGAGUAUCAGAUACAACUCCAGCGGCGCAUUCGCCAAAAUGAAGAGCUGGUAGGACUGUGUUCUGACGAGCUGGAGAACGACAGCUUAGAAGAAGACAGCUUGGAGGAAGAGAGUUCAAAAGAACAAGAAGGAGCUGAGUGUGGUGCAAAUCAAUAUACAAAUGAAAUGCAAAAGGAUGCUGGCAGCGGAAGGAAACAACAGUCUGUGGGCAAAUAUCUCAGCCUGAGAUACAAUCCUAACUGGAAGAACACAAAAGAAGCAGCGGAAUUUUCGGAGGCAGAGAAAUCCCACCAAGUUGCUGGAGGAAGCAGUGUGGACUUCUCACAGGGUUCAUUUUACCUCCAUUCCAAUAGCUCCCCAACAGAAAUGUAUCAACAGGAGGCAACGUCACAAGGCUCCUGCUCCGAUUUUGGUGCAGGUACAGAAUUACAAAGCUUUCAUGGACCAGACGCUGUGAUCAGCAGUGAACCUCUUAGGCUACAUACCAAAGGGAAGGAAUCUGCAGCCGGCCGUCAUUUCAGACAUAGUCCCAGUACAUACAGCAGCGCGUUUUCUCUUCAGAUUCGAGAAGAUCCACCUCGAAGACAAAAAAAAGACUUUGUGGAAAGAAAUAAACAGACUUUAGGAUUACGUUCAGGGAAGACAAAUUCCUAUCUUCAAUUACACGCUAAAAAGCAAGAAGUAGUUCUUCAAGAGCAGGAUCAGCAAAAGAAGUCGUCCCAGAGAAAUAAACUGAAAUCCAAGCAGAGUGUCGCAGGGAGAGCUUUCCCAAGGAACGAGAGCCAAAAACCGCCAGCAAGAGCAGCAGAACCAAAGCCUUGGCACCACAGUCACCACCAAACCUCAGGAUUUCAGCCUGUUCCCAUGCAGGGAGUGGAGCAAGACAACAGCAGCGCACGGUGGAGAUGUCUGUGCACGAGUCCUUCUGUUUGCCCUGACACUAAUACAGCAGCACAUUUAGAUACUCGCUUAAAUCAUUUCCCAAAUUCAAGACAUCUUGUUAAUCAGGAUUUCACCACAACUACCCAUCCUUUUCAUCCAACACUGCAUACAUUUAACCCAGUAGAAGUUAUAUAUCCAGCAUAUACCAGCAAGGAGAACAAGAAAUACCAGCAUGAUUCUCCAAAUGGACUUCCACGUGACCAGCGACAUGUAUACAGCCCUUCCCCUGUGCAGCUUUUUGCAAGAGACAACACUACCAAUGGUCAAGCAGAUCCAAAUCAGAGGAAUAUCUCAUCUACUUUUAAUGGCUAUUUUCAAGAAUUGGUGAAGAGUCAAGUACCACUUCAGGACCACAAAAGACAAGUUUAUGCGGAUAAAAGUCAUCAAAACUAUGCUAUCGGUAGUUUAUGUUCACCAACAGCCCCCUGUGCAACCUCCCCGUUCACACAACAGAUGGAGCAACAUCACCAACAAAUCAUCCAUUGGACAGAAGCUCAUCUAGCUGCCAGGCACUUGUUCAGCCUGCUUCCACCUGUAAUCCCACACGUAGAAAGUGGUGUAGAGGUAGAUCCAGAAAGCGGUGGAGGAAAUCAAGUGGAAAUAAGCCGAAGCAACUCAGAAGGAUACAUCAUGCAAAUGGAAAAGCAAAACCAGCCUAAAGUCAGCAAGAAGCCAUGUAGCUCAAAAACCUACAUAAAUCUAAACGUGAAGCUUGGAGGCCUUGGACCUGACUAUGAAGCAAUCAAAGAGAAAAAAGAGAAGUUAAGGCAACAAAAGGAAUAUGCAAAGCAGAUUAAGGAACACAAUAAGAAAAGCAUUGCUUCAGUUCACAGCUUACCUACAAAACCCCAGGUCAUAUCUUCAGUGUCAAGACAGAAGGCACUGGAAUAUGCCAAGAAGAUUCCUAGACCAAAGACUUUCAUGGCAAGACAAUCAGGUGAAGAGGUGAAAGAGGAAAGUGUUCUGCCACAGACUUUAAAUGGAGACAGUUUACCUCAAAUUGCAUCCUUGGAAACUUUGCAUAAUAGACACGAGCAGGAGAAGCAAGUUGUAGCUGCUUUCAGAACCCUCCAUAUCUUAUAAGUAUUUUGAAAUUAUUAGGGAUAUCUUCAAGGCAAAAAUAUAUGUCGUAGAAGGUAUGACAUAUUAAUAUAUGUCAUAGAAGGUAUGACAUAUAUUGCUGGAAAAGUCCUAUACCUUUCAUUUUACAGAAUCCUGGGUGAGUUUGGCCCAGAUCCUACAGUCCACAGGAUGCCUCAGUUGUCCCAAAAGCAGGUCAGUUGCUGAAAUACACCCUGCAGACUCCAAACCUCAUACAAGAAAAACUGACCACCAUACUGUAUCCCUCCCUCAUGGAGAAAGGAUGAAUUGGACUAUUAGACAUCCCAGGCGGGAGUUUGUGACGAACAUAACAUAAUCUUUGGGGGAAACUUGGUGAGAAAAGUGUCUUCCAGUAUGGGGAACGUGGGUCAGGCUGCAGGAGAAGUGUUCUGCGCAUCAAUGUCCACCGCAGCUUCUGGAACGGGACCGUCCUCCGCCUCAUUCCUUUCUCCUCACCUUUGGGAGCUGCCUUUGGCCCCGCUGCAGGACGUUGGUGCCCGCACUAUGAUCCAGCUGGGCUGGGUAAAUGUUUCCAUGCUCUGCCACUCGCUGCUUUUCUACUUUUAUUUCUAUCCGGAAUGGUAACACUUUGAAGCAUCUCUGAUUAGGGAACCUCAACUUGUUGUUUCUGCUGAAAAGUGAUAAUCCCCCCUUAAUACAAACCUCAAGUACCUAUUUUAAUGAAACCUUCAGAUGAAUAUCAAAGAGCUAUUUACUCGUAUCUAAUAUUUUAAUUAGAUUAUAUUCUCAAUUUAACCCAUUAAACCCCCUUUGAUGAUCUCCAUGUUUAGUGUUUAGCCCCAGAUGCUGGAGGUAAUGAAUAUUGGACCUUUGAUUUAAUGAGAACUUCUGCCUUUCCAGUCU